AUGCCUCCAUAUGUGCCACGCAAAAGAUUGAGAGCCUCUGGGCCUGAAGAUACGGUCACAGCUGAUAAAGGCUCUAAUUCACUCCUGCAAGGCCUUGACGGAGCCAGUGAUAGCGACAGCCCACUCUCUUCGUUGUCCGACAGCGAUUUUGAAGAUGUUCCUCUUGCCAAGCGGCAGAAAACAGAGGAUGUCGGUGAGGAUGACGAAGACGAUGACGACAUUGAGUUUGAGGAUGUGGAAGCCCCUCCCCAGUUCACAUUUGAGCCAGAUGCUCCAGUACCGUCCGGCGAUCUGGAGUUGACGCUGAAUCGGGACACUCGAAUAUCUCUGACGAAUCAAUUCGGCGACAAAAAGGGUCCCUCAAAGCGAGAGCGGAUAGUCCGGAAUGCGACGCACUGCGUUCACAUAAUGUGUCUUCUGUGGCACAAUGCCGUUCGGAAUUCGUGGAUAUGUGAUGCUGAAGUUCAGGCAAUCAUGGUUUCUCAUAUCCCUCCCAGGCUCUGGGAUGAGGUAGAUCGCUGGAGACGAAACAGUGGCCUAGAUCCUCAGCCGCCACCCAAGAAGACGACUGCAACAAAGAAGAGAGGCGCGAAGCAAGAGUCUCGGGAUUGGGGUGGAUCGGCCAAGCGGCUGGAAGAGGGAGCUAUUGAUAUGAGCCACGGCGAUCCUUUGUUUCGAUUUAUGAAAUCGCUGGUCGCCUGGUGGAAACAACGAUUUCGGGUCUCGGCUCCUGGUCUCCGGAAAUGGGGCUACAUGUCGUUGGAGCGCCUCGAUAGACUCACAAAAGCAUACAAGGGCAACGAAUCAGAUUACGAAGCAUUUGGCGAGCGAUUAGAGGGCAUAGAGGAUUUCCGGCAGUGCGCCACCGACUGCAGAGGGAGCAGAGAUGUUGGAGCUCAACUGUUUACUGCACUACUUCGAGGCUUGGGUAUCGAUGCUCGGAUGGUUGCUAGCUUGCAACCACUAGGAUUUGGAUGGAACAAACUGGAGGACGCAGAUGCAGAAGAUGAAGAAAAUGAACAAGGCACUCCAAUGAAGACCACUAAUAAGAAGAAGACUACGGGAAAGAAGGCAGAGAGAGACACAGCUAAAAAAAAAGGGAAGGAGAAGGCAAGAGUCAACAAGACUCUUGCUCGGUCACGUUCUGCUCGUUCUAUUACACAAUCGGCCGCUCCCACCACUGAAGAUUCUGAAGACGAUUUGGAACUCGAAUUUAAGGAUACAGAUGACGAAUCCAUCGACAUGAAUCUUGCCACCGCAGUCAAGCCAUUGGAUAAAAAAUUCGACAAGGACUUGGAGUUCCCACAUUAUUGGACCGAGAUUCUAUCACCAGCCACUAAAAAAUAUCUUUCAGUCGACCCCAUUGUGAAGGGGACAAUCGCUGUCAACCGGGAUCUCGUUGAAACAUUUGAGCCUCGCGGUGCCAAAGCUGACAGAGCUAGACAAGUCAUAGCCUAUGUCGUAGGCUAUUCACGAGACGGAACCGCCAAAGAUGUCACGAUCCCGGUCUAUGACCGCCAUGGCAAGGUUAAGCGCUACGAAAUGCUUGAUUGGUUCAAGUCCGCCAUGUCUGGGUACAGGCGAGGAGGCAAGAACCAUCCUUUGACAGAAGUUGACCAACAAGAAGACGUUACGGACCUCAAGCCAGCAAAGGCUGAGAAGAAAGAAGUCAAGGAAGGCGAAGAGACGCUACAGUACUACAAGCAAUCCAAGGAAUUUGCUUUGGAGAGGCACCUGAAACGCGAGGAAGCGCUGAGACCUGGCGCCGAACCAGUCAAGGUUUUCAAGAACAAAGGAAAGGGUGGCAAAGUGGACGAAGAAGACGUAUACCUCCGAUCCGAUGUCGUCCUUGUCAAAAGCGCAGAAACCUGGCACAAGCAAGGCCGAGCUCCAAUUGCUGGCGAAGAGCCCCUGAAGAGAGUUCCAUACCGGGCUGCCACUCUCAAUCGGAAGAGGGAGAUUUUGGAAACAGAGGCCAUGACCGGGCAAAAGGUACUCCAAGGAUUAUACAGCUUUGACCAGACUGAUUGGAUUAUACCGCCGCCCAUCAAGGACGGCAUCAUUCCCAAAAACGAAUACGGGAAUAUCGAUCUAUUUGCGGAACACAUGUGCCCAAAAGGCGCAGUACACGUACCCUUUAGAGGUGUAGUCAAAGUCUGCAAGAGACUCGGAAUCGACUACGCAGAGGCCGUGGUGGACUUUGAGUUUGGCCACCGGAUGGCUGUCCCCGUCAUCCAGGGAGUCGUUAUCGCGAAAGAGCAUCACGAUAGAGUGAUGGUAGAGCUAGAGAAAGACGAAGCGGAGCGUGUGAGAAAAGAAGAUGAGAAGCGGCGCAAGGCAGCACUGGGUAAGUGGCGCAAGUUUCUUAUGGGCAUGCGCAUCGUGGAGAGGAUUCGGCAAGAAUAUGGCGAGAUCGACGAGAGUGUUUCAGUCUUUAGUCACUCCCGUGGGGGGGUCCAGGCCAGCGAGGCGGCCAAGGUUCAUGACGAAGAAAUGGCUGGAGGAUUUCUGCCUGAAGGUUACGAAGAAGACGGUGAAGACCACCGGGCGCAUGAGACAUCGAGCUUUUUCCCCGCUCUCGAGGAAGACGACCAGGGCGGUGAUGGAGACCUUAUCAUGGAAGAUGGACGCGAUGAGAGUGAGGCGGAAGCGAAUGCUCCAGACGCGGAAACUCAAUCAGAGACUGCGGCACCAAGAGCUCGUAAGCCACGAGCAACACGGCGAAGGCAGCAAGCCAUUGAUAGCGAGGACGACGAGGAAGAUGAAGAUGGCGACUAG